AUGUCAACAUUAGUUAGUUAUAUAUCCACCCUAGUUUCGGAUAUAUACACAUCUGUUUGUUUAAGGAUCCCUCCGCAACACGCCUCGAAGGUUUCCAUGUCAAUUAUACGUUCCUCACUCUCUGUUCGGGUGAGGUCCAGUUCACGCCCUGGUUCAACGGAUGCAGUCACAACAUUGGCCCGGUUAUGCAUGGUCCACGGUAGACUGCCUGCAAUGCUAAGGGAAGGAUUUGUUUCACGCCUCACUUGCUGGCGCGAAGACCGGCAACGGAAACAGCGCGGAAAGCAUAUGCUUCUGGGUCGAGAUGAUCUCCCAAAAAUUUGA